AUGUUGUGGCAUCAUGGCUCAUUUGGCUACAGCGCAACCCUCGGGCCACCUCCUCCUACGGAACAGAAGUCCCAAAGACUGAAAGGCAAGGCUAGGAAAACUGCCAAGCAAGUGACAGCUCCGCAAAAUGGGUCAGACAAACAGACUUCGAAGCCCAAAUACACCCUUGCUGUCAAAGACUUCAUAUCUCUAUCUGAGCACAUCGCUGGCGUUACAGACAAGACUGUCGAAAUCCCCGAGUACUUUAACGUCGCACUCAACCGAGUAAUCUCGGUUCGGAGCAUCAGAUUCUCGUCACAAUUUUUUGUGACUGUGCUAGAGAAGGUUCGCGAAUCGCUGAAACCCUUGACGAAGUCCAACGCCCUGGAUCUUAGCAGCAUCAAGAAUGCUACACCAAGGGCCGGCGGAGACCGAGCUAGGCAGAGUGAACUUCGAAAUCUAUUCGAAGUCUUGGAUGUAUACGAACCCUCUGCGGAGUUCCUGGCUGCACCAGACGUGGUGCCUUCACCUUCACCUGUGGAACUGGAAUAUACUGUUGAGGAGCCGACCGACUCAAUCAUUGAGGCCUUCAUGGCCAUGACCAUGUUGGUGAACGACCUCUCCCGCCUGCGUGCUGAGAUAGCUGACCUUUGGGCUCGGCAUAACACCGGAGAACUCGAUCUGCCAACUGUUUCGGUAGCGACGAACGCAGCGAUUGAGCUUGCGCACAGCAUGGAAGAUGAAGUCUAUCCAUUGAUGAAGUUCUUGGUCGAAACUGUACCUUUCCACGAGCUGUACUGGACCGGUAUUUGCAAACAAGCUGGUCUUGAUGCGCUCACGCCACAAUCGCCGCCCCACGCAGAUGAUUAUAACUUUCAAGUUUACGACAUCGCAGAUGCGCUUUUCAUCAAUUCCCGUAAUGCCCUUUUGGUCUUUCUCGCCAACUUCCAGCCGCCAAUCAUGAGUUACAAUGGUAAAUGGGGUCCAUUCGACAAGAAUGCGCGCCAGCCACCUCAGACGAAUAGAGAGAAAUAUGCCCGCGACAAGUCAACUUUGCAAGAAGUGCUCCAGGAUCUUCCUCUACUCUUUAAUCGUCCGGGAGUUAUUGAGGAUCAGUUCGUCCACGCUUUCGCUGCCGCUCGGACAUCCUACAACAAAGCGAACUCGAACCAGCAACCGCCAAUCUAG